UUUGGUAAAUACUAUCAGUCAAGUGCUAGGACGGUGAGGAAAGAUAAGCCACGUGGGCGUCAUCAUGGUCUCACUCAACAGAAGAGGCAAGAGAUAAAGGAAGCUUUUGAACUGUUUGACACUGAUGGCUCAGGAACUAUUGAUGCUAAGGAGUUGAAUGUUGCUAUGAGUGCUCUGGGUUUUGAGAUGACCGAAGAGCAAAUCAAUCAAAUGAUUGCGGAUGUUGACAAGGAUGGAAGUGGUGCCAUUGAUUUCGAUGAAUUUUGUCACAUGAUGACUGCUAAAAUCGGAGAAAGAGACACUAAGGAAGAAUUAAUGAAAGCAUUUCGUAUAAUCGACCAAGAUAAUAAUGAACACUAAUGUCCCUGUCUUCCCUGAAGAAGUAUGUGUCACCUAGUUGGGGGCAGCCAUUUGUAGGAGCUAGCAUUUUGGCAGUUUCAGGGAAUGGAGCUAGCAUUUGGAGAGAGGCUGAACUUGAAUCUUGGGAUGACAAACUCAAUAAAGGC